CUUCUCUCCUCUAAACUUAACGUAACGUACCUACAUGUGUCAUUGUGGCUCGCUCGCUGUUUCCAGUAACUCCCUGCUUCUGUCUUCUAGAGUGAACAUCACAGCUCGUUCGCUUUCUGCACAUUUCACGCUGCGAUUUCUCUUGAUUCUGUUCCUCCUUUUUCUUUUCUCUGCUGUUCAGUUUAUUCUCCUUUUUUCUUUGCCAUCAUAAUAUCAGCCAGCGCCUUUAUAGAUACGGGGUCCUCUUGUCCGAGCAUCCGGCAUACAGUAACGAAUCCUCUAUUACGGCAUAAAUUACUGUCCAAUCUUACCACAUCUCACUACCACUCACCCCCCAGUCUCACGCACUGCACUUGACUCAACAUGUCUAAGUCGCUACAGCUCAAGAACGAAGGAAACAAAUGUUUCCAGGCGGGGGACUACGUCGGCGCCGAUAGCCUCUACUCCAAAGCCAUCAUCGCCGACCCCAAAAAUCCAGCUCUUUACACUAAUCGCGCCAUGGCCCGUCUUAAGCUUAAUUAUUGGGACUCAGUAAUCACCGACUGCGAGGCUUGUUUGCAGCUAACGCCAGACAACAUGAAGGCCCGGUACUACCUUGCGCAAGCACAGAUCGCUCUUCGCGACUAUGACGCUGCGCUUGAGAACGCUCUGCAUGCGCACAAGCUGUGCGCCGCCACGGGAGAUCGCUCGCUCGCUGCUGUGACGGCUCUCGUUCUUCGCUGCAAGAAAGAGCGCUGGGACGAUCUUGAGAAGAAGCGGGUUCGCGAAUCGCAAGAUCUUGAAAGGGAGAUGCUUGAAUUAUUGACAAAGGACAAAGAGGCUAUGCUGGCCGAGACGGAUGAUGGGAUGGUGAGGCAGGAAAUCGAGGAGGAGAGCGAUGCCAAGAUUGAGAGGAUGAAAGAGAUCUUUGAGAGAGCAAGGGCAGAUGGUGAGAAGAAGAGAGAGGUUCCAGACUGGGCCAUUGACGAUAUCAGUUUUGGAUUCAUGGUUGAUCCUGUCAUGACCAAGACUGGAAAGUCAUACGAGCGCGCGUCUAUCAUGGAGCACCUCAACAGACACCAUAGUGAUCCUCUCACUCGCGAGCCACUUGUGCCUUCUGAGCUACGGCCAAACCUGGCGUUGAAGCAGGCGUGCGAAGAGUUCCUCGAGCAGAACGGUUGGGCUGCUGAUUGGUAGUAGAAAAAGCAAAUGACGAUGAGAGUUGGGAAUCAGCGGAUCGGAGGUCUUUUGAUUAAAAUCUUAUUAAAUGCUUGGAGUUUCAGGUGUUCAGAGACUUAUUUCAGAGAUGCUUUGGGCUUGAAUAGCGUAACGUUUUGAACGAAUUCAUGAAAGUAAUAACGGCAAUUCUCCUCUUAAUCCUCCACG